AUGGACCUUGUCCGUUAUAAUUACACUCCUAAAGAUGAAAACAAAGAGCACGACAAUUUAUUGCUUCAGUUCCAGAUCUACAACUUGCUGACACCAGAUGUAAGUAUAUCAGCUAUACCAUGUCCAGCGCCACCUCCCUGUGACUGUGACGGGAACAGUAUAAACUGCGAUUCCAGGAAUCUGACUGAAGUGCCUCGAUUCACAUUCUCAAACGGAAGUUUCCGAUGGGUUGAUCUGAGUUCAAACAGCAUCAAAGAUAUUCCAAGUAAAGCUUUCAUGAACAUCACAGGUCUAUAUUAUUUAAAACUUGCAGACAAUCAGAUUAUGAACAUAGCAGACGACGCUCUCUAUGGCGCCGAAAACACUCUUGAAUUUCUGUUCAUGAGAAAUAAUAAAAUGACGAAAAUACCUACUGCAUUAGGCAUGAUGAGGGAUGUGUCCUCUCUUGGGAUUGACGGAAACCCUGUCCUAGAUUUCCAAGCGGAUGUUUUUCAGAAUGUAUCCUCCACGUUACAGUACUUAAAUUUCGGCUACCCGGGAAUGUCAUUUUGGCCUGAUUCAAUACGAUAUUUAACAAACUUAACCAGUCUUUCGGUCAGAGAUCUAGCAAUGGAUUACCUGCCCUUGUCAGCGUUCUCGGGUCUUGAAAAAAAGCUAGGUCUACUUGAAUUCGAGAGAUGUCGCAUCCGAAGUUUGCCGUUGUCGCUGAGCACGUUAGAUGCUCUUGAUCUUCUGUCUCUUGACAGCAACCCCAAUCUGACGCUUUCAGGAAUUCCGAGGGAGGCUUUCAGCGGUAUUAAAUCAUUGAACCAGAUUUCUAUCACUAACCAGAGCUUUGAUACAAUUCCCGAUAUUUUUCAUGACGCCCUGACAAUAACUACCAUCGAAACUACCGGAACUCCUAUUACCCAUUUUGAUGCCUCAUUAAUUCCAGAUGAUAACAAUUUACAAAAUAUACAAUUCUCAGAUACCUUAUUGGAAAAAUUUCCUACCGCAAUUGCCAAAAUGAAAAAUCUGCAAACUCUAAUUAUUCGCAACAGUAGCAUACGUUCUGUGCCCUCAUCAGCUUUCGAAGGUCUAACAAAGGUAACAUACAUCGGUAUUACAAAUGCUCCGCUUAUUUCCUUCUCUGAUGAAGCGUUAAGAGAUACAAGGAACCUUCAGUUCUUGUUCCUCAGCAACACAAACCUGACGACGAUACCAAAGGCAAUCAAUGGACUCCCAUAUCUCCGUAAUGUCGACCUUGAAGGCAACAAGAUCAUUUGUACCUGUGCUAGUUUGGGAUGGCUGAAACAUUGGGACGGUAGCAAUUAUAUGAUACCAAUAGGUGACUGUGAUAACUUACCGAAUGUCAGUCUAGCUGGCUACUAUAGAGACAAUGUACCAAAUUGUCCAGAUGAAACAAUGAUUUCGUAA